UUUGUAAAAUUACGGGAUUUAUUCUGCGCAUGCUCCGAAGCAAUAAAAUGGCGGGGAUGAGUGUCAUUAAAAUGGUGAAGGAUCUUUGCUUCUGCAUCAAAAAUGAGAAGAGAAAGGGAAAAAGAAACCUAUUACCUUCCUUCACCCACAAACUGAUCGAUAAAAAGGGAAUAUCUGAUGACGAACUUUUUAAAAUUGCUUUUAAUGUUAUUUUAUUUAAAGAAAUUGACGGGCGAUCAAAAAGAAACAUGUCACCAGAAUCUGAUGUCCUUUCUCAAGUCCUUUAUAUUCAGUCUCAGAAUAAUAAGGAUCGUCUAUUUGAGUCUGUACCAUUAUUGCAAACAUUAUGUCCGUACUCUGACGAAAUAUUUGUAUUUUUAUCAACUUUAUCAUCGCAUAGUUCAGAACCAGAGUUAUGUAAUGAUACGAGAUUCUCUUUGACACCUUCUCUUCUUUCUAUUCCAUCUAGUAUUGAGGUUUUUAGGGAAACCCCAUCUACAUCAUUUUACAUGAAAGAGUCUGUGGAUGUUACAUUAUUCUCUGGUCUCACUCACACUACAACUGAUUCAGUUAACAUAUCUCUUUCUGUUCCUCUCCUUACACAAGAGGCCACGCCUCCUGACCCGUUAACUAAUUACCUCAAAGGAUAUGCAACUAAUGAUAAGCUAGUUCUGCCUGUUUCUCCUCCUCUUUCAGUUGAAUCUGACGAGGAAUUGACAAUAGAUCAUGUGACCUCGUUAACUGACAUGCCCACUUCUCACUCCUGGGAGGGGCCAAUAGAAAGGUCUUUUUGCUAUCUGUCAGAGAGUGACGAUGCUGUAUUUAAUUACUCUGUUAAUUAUUUUGUUAAUCAAUUAACGAGUGUGUCUGGUGGUGAAACUAAUCAAUUUGUGGGUGGACCACGCCCACUUCAAUUAAUUAAAGACUACGAAUAUUUAUUAGCUCAGUGCUUUAAUUUAUCAGAAAAGAGGAAAAUUGAUGUUGAGAUAUUGAGAGAUGAGAUAAUUAGGUCUCAUUAUAUAUCAAUUAAUUCUUUGUUGAAUUAUUUACAAUUACAAUAUAAUCAAUUGAUGGAACGUGAUAUUUCUCAAUUUUGGAUUCAGUCACAAUUAAGUACGAUGCAAUACUUAUUAAACUUGGUCAAGUCCUCGUUAUCUUCCAACGCUAAUGAAGGAUUAUUGUUAUUGGAUUCAUUAUAUUCCCAAUGUGUAUCAUCUCAAGGACUGCCUUUAUACAAUAUAAUCAUUGGAAUAUUUAGGCAGACCAUGCAACCAUACUUUAGGUUUCUACACUGUUGGGUUUAUGAGGGUCAAUGCAUUGAGGGAUUUGGUUUGGAACAAAAUGACAUUGUAUUAGAGAGAAGAGAUGAUCGUUAUUGGUCGCAAGGGUUUAGCUUUAGAGAUGGGCGUGUCCCUGACUGUAUUUCUAAUUAUAAGGAUACGAUAUUAAAUAUUGGAAAAUCCAUCAAUCUAUUGAAGAUAUGUUGCCCUCAACAUGAUGUUAUAAAUGAGCUAAGUUCAGUCCCAUCUCUAAUGCUGGCUCAAUCAAGCAACCAACUGAAGGAUAUUUAUAUAAAGUGUCAAAACUAUAAAGAGAAAAUGGAAGAAGUGUUGAUGAAGCAUAAAAGAGAGAGAGAAGAGAAGAUAAAGCGAGAUAAAUUGAAGGCCUUGCAGCCACUGUUAGCAGCUAGAGAAACAGCAAGAAAUAAAAUGAGAGAAUUAAAGGAAAAUGAAGAAAGGGAAGAGAGAGAAGAGUUGUCUAAGAAGAAAGAGUUGUUUUUAGAAAUAAAAGAGCAAGCAGAUAAAGCCAAAGCAUUGAAACAAGAAUUAAUAGAAAUGAAAAGAGAAGAAGAAGAAGCUUUGUUAGUGACUGAUGUAAAAGCACAAGAAUUGGAACAAUCUUUAAAGGAGGAGAUGCUUGAGCAUUAUGAGGAAUUGAGUAAAGAAGCAGAGAAGAGAGAGCAGCGGUCAAAAUGGAGGGAGAAGAGAUUUAGCCUUGGAAUGGAGAGACUUCAAUUAAUAAAUGAAAUGAGAGAUGAUGAUGAAAAAGCUAAACUUGCAAAAAUAGACGACACCCCUCAACAAAUUAAUGAUGAGGUGCCUGAGGAAACUUUACAUGUUGGAACAAGGGGCCAUGCCCCCUCGUCAGUUAUGCAAGAUAUUCUUUAUCCUUCAGAAACUCCGCCCGUUGAUAUCGGAACAAGAGGCCAUGCCCCCUUGUCAGUUAUGCAAGAUAUUCUUUAUCCUUCAGAAACUCUGCCCGUUGAUAAUGGAACAAGAGGCCAUGCCCCCUCGUCAGUUAUGCAAGAUAUUCUUUAUCCUUCAGAAACUCCGCCCGUUGAUAUCGGAACAAGAGGCCAUGCCCCCUCGUCAGUUAUGCAAGAUAUUCUUUAUCCUUCAGAAACUCCGCCCGUUGAUAUCGGAACAAGAGGCCAUGCCCCCUUGUCAGUUAUGCAAGAUAUUCUUUAUCCUUUAGAAACUCCGCCCGUUGAUAAUGGAACAAGAGGCCAUGCCCCCUCGUCAGUUAUGCAAGAUAUUCUUUAUCCUUCAGAAACUCCGCUUGUCGAUAUCGGAACAAGGAGCCAUGCCCCCUCGUCAAUUAUGCAAGAUAUUCUUUAUCCUUCAGAAACUCCACCCAUUGAUAUCGAAACAAAAGGUCACACCCCCUUACCAAGUCAGCAAAAUGAAUGCAGUGCAAUUAUUGAAGAAAGUUUGGAAUUCAAUUGUUACUCAAGUUACAGCAAUAGGGAUUAUCAGUUUUCAGAUGUUCCUAAUUAUGAUCUCAAUAAACUAUUAUUAACAAGUGAUGAUGAUGAUGAUUGCGAGGAAGAAAAAGAUGAUUUUUAUUUGCUUUCUUUGCCAUCUUUACUAGAGGAAUGCAUCUCUCUACCAAUAACAACGCAGUCUGGCAUAAUCAACUCUGCUCUAGUUGAUUAUUUUAUCAACGAACUAAAGAUUAUCGAUCAUUUCAAAUUAAUUAAACAUUUUUUAAUGCUGGAAGAUGGAGCAUUUGCUGACACUUUGACCAACCCGUUAUUUAAAGAAUUCAUGUUUGGAGAUUCGUUGAUCAAUAAUUCAUUUCUUAUGUCAUUAUUACAUCAUGCUUUGGAUUCAUCAUUAUACAAACAUAGUGAACUCAUGAUUAAUAACUUAUUAUUAACUAGGACAUGCCCACUUCAAGCAACUAGCACCGAUAACCUCAAGCAUUUUAAAUUGGACUAUAAAGUUAAUUGGCCGCUUAAUAUUGUCAUUACAUCGGAACACAUCGACAAUUUUAACAAAGUUUUUCAUUUUCUAUUGAACAUUAAGAGAGUUUCGUGGUUACUAAAGAAAUCUUUCAUUAAAUUAGCUAGUAAAAGUGCUGAAAGAGAUAGAUUAACUGUUAAACAUAUGAGGACAUUAAAUGCGCAAAGGCAACAGUUACAGCAUUUCUUAACAGUCAUUGAAAGUUACCUAUCAAACCAACUGUUUCAUGUAUCUUGGAUUGAAUUAAAAUCUAACAUGAAGAAAGUCGACUGUUUGGAUGAUUUAAUUACAGUGUAUUCUGAAUAUACUUCUAGCAUUCUCUCAAGGUGUUUGCUAACUGCUAAAGCAGGCCCUGUACUAGGAAUAGUUAAUAACAUGUUGUCCUGCAUUGUAAAGUUUUGCUUUUGUUUAAUUGAGCAAGUGAGGCCAGCAGAGACGCAACAAACAAGAAAAAUGUAUCAAUCUUUUAAUGACAGCUGUAGGCUUCUCAUUAAAGUUAUAGAUAAAUUAGUUGCAAAAGGAUUCCAGCCAUAUCUACAAGAGAUACUUCUCCGUUUAAACUUUAACCACUAUUACUUAUAAUUGACCGUUUUAUAUUCAGCUAUGCGUUGUCGUGGCGUUUCUAUGGCAAUUGUUAACCAA